UUGUUUCAUUGAGGUAUAACUGAUAUACAACAAUGCAUGUAUUUAAUGCACACAUUUUGAUGAGUUUAGAUGAAAAAAAUUUUAAUCUCCAGAAAUAUUAAAAGAAGAGUACAAUAAGCACGUGUGUACCCUUCACCUAUAUGUACCAGUUGACAUUUUGCCCCAUUUGCUAUAUCUGUCACUCUCUCUCCAUACACACAAACACACACAUACACGCAUGCACAGCCCUCGCACACACACACAAAUACACAUUGUGUUUUUUGCGGACCCAUUUGCAGAUAAGUUGUAAAUAUCACGUUAUUUCACCUCUACAUACUUCAGUGGGCAUCUCCUAAAAAUAAGCUCCUGCAUGUCUAGGACACUCAUUACCAUCCCUAGGAAAAUUAAUAAUAUUCCAUGAUAUUAUCUAAUAUACAGUCCAUACUUAAAUUUCCCAAUGGUUCCCCAAAUGUGUGUCUUAUAAUUGUUCCACCCCCCCAAUCCAGGAUCCAGUCAAGGAUCCUAUGUUGCAUUUGGUUAUCGUGUCUCUGUAGCCUCUCUCCUCUUUUUUUUUGUUUUUGAAAUUGAGUUAUAUUUGAUCAAACCUUAAGUGUAUAGCUCUAGGAAUUUUGAAAUAUACAUAUAUACACUGUGUAACUACCAGCCAGGUCAAAAUACAUUUUUUGUUCUCUUUUAACCCAAAAUAUCACCCCCGUCUUUUUAUUGUCUUUCAUGACACUCAUAUGUCUGACCAGAUGACCACAGUUUGGGCUUUUCUGAUGUUUCCUCCUGAUUAGAUUCCGGUGCUGCACUUCUGAAGGGGCUGUCAUAGAAGUGACGUGUUCUUCCCAGUACAUCCCAUCAGGGGAUGCCUGUGUUCCUUUGGCCCCGUAGUGGUGACGCUGACUUUGAUCAUAUGGUUAAGGUGGUGUCUACCAGGUCUCUCCACAAUUAGUAUGUUAUCUGUGGGCUGUACUUGGAGACCUUGUGUGCAUGCAAUUUUUUUUAAAGUCGAGUGGCGAAAGGAAGCACAUCUGUGGGGCAGCUCUCAUGUUAUGAGGCCCCCAGGUUGGAAGCCUCCAGUUAAGGAUCCCGGGAGGGAUCUUCAGCAAACGUUCCUCCAUCGUCGGGGGAGAGGGGAGGGGCGGGGAGCUACCAAAGGAGGCUUGGAUGGGUGCAAGUGUUUGCAGAGGGACCCCAAGAGCACCUGUCUUCCUACAGCUCCGGGAUUGUGGAGGACUGCGGGAGGUGGAGGUGACCGCGUGCCUGGUGUGGAAGGACUGGCCUCACCGCGUUCACCCUCACAGCCUUGUGGGGAAAGACUGCACGGACGGCGUCUGCAGGGUGCGGCUCCGGCCUCAUGUCAGCCCCCGGCACAGCUUUAACAACCUGGGCAUCCAGUGUGUGAGGAAGAAGGAGAUCGAGGCCGCCAUUGAGCGGAAGAUUCAGCUGGGCAUCGACCCCUACAAUGCUGGGUCCCUGAAGAACCAUCAGGAGGUGGACAUGAAUGUCGUGAGGAUUUGCUUCCAGGCCUCAUACAGGGACCAGCAAGGACAGAUGCGCCGGAUGGACCCUGUGCUCUCUGAGCCCGUCUACGACAAGAAGUCCACAAACACGUCAGAGCUGCGGAUUUGCCGAAUCAACAAGGAGAGCGGGCCGUGCACGGGUGGCGAGGAGCUCUACCUGCUGUGCGACAAGGUGCAGAAAGAGGAUAUAUCGGUGGUGUUCAGCAGAGCCUCCUGGGAAGGCCGGGCUGACUUCUCCCAGGCCGACGUGCACCGCCAGAUUGCCAUUGUGUUCAAGACACCACCCUACGAGGACCUGGAGAUCGUUGAACCUGUGACAGUGAACGUCUUCCUGCAGCGGCUUACUGAUGGGGUCUGCAGUGAGCCUCUGCCCUUCACAUACCUGCCUCGGGACCAUGACAGCUACGGUGUGGACAAGAAGCGGAAACGGGGGCUGCCCGAUGUCCUUGGGGAGCUGAAUAGCUCUGACCCCCAUGGCAUCGAAAGCAAACGGCGGAGGAAAAAGCCGGACUUCCUGAAUCACUUCCUGCCCAGCCACGGCUCAGGCCCGUUCCUCCCGCCAUCAGCGCUGUUGCCAGACACAGACUUCUUCCCGGGAACCGUAUCCCUCCCAGGCCUGGAACCCCCCUGCGAGCCGGACCUCCUGGACGACGGCUUUGCCUACGACCCCGCUGCCCCCACGCUUUUCACCAUGCUGGACAUGCUGCCCCCAGCGCCACCACUCACCAGCGCUGUCGCGGGCAAUGGGGGUGCAGGGGCCGCGGUGGGGGAGCCCCCCGGCCCCGAGCCGCUGACGCUGGACUCGUACCAGUCCCCGGGCGCCGGGGACGGAGGCACUGCCAGCCUCGUGGGCAGCAACAUGUUCCCCAAUCAGUACCGCGAGGCGGGCUUUGGGGGCAGCCUCCUGUCCCCGGGGCCUGAGGCCACGUAGCCCCCGCGGCGCUGGAGGAGAGGCGCUGGGUGGGGAGGGAGGUGGAAGGGGCCGUGCGAACCCAACCAGGAUAUCCAGCACCCCCAUACCCUUGGGCGGCCCUUGGUCAGUCUUCCGACGUUCUCAUCCUUCUGAAUCGGACAUCUUCAGCGCUGGCGAGAAACUCCGUAGCAUCGGUUUCCCCUGAGCCCAUUUUACAAGUGAGAAAACUGAGUCUGGAGAGGAAAGGGGGCUUGCGUGGCUCUCAAGCGCUAGCUUGUUAAAGCUGCUGCCUCAGCCCUCACAAGCGGGGGCACCUUCUCCAGGCGGAUUCUGCUGUGUACAUAUGGGAGGAGGGUACAGAUCCCCCGCCCUCCGUCCCCAGGCUUGAAGGUGGGGGGUAGGUUGUUUGUUCUGAGUCUUCCCAAUAAAGCUGAGAUUUUGAGCCUUGGGGGUCUCUUCUCUUCUCCGCUUGAGAAACACCCGCGGCCCUUACGUACAAAGUCUCCAGGA